UUCUUCUUCUUCUUCUUCUUCUUCUUACUCAUCCUCAUCCUCUUCUUCUUCUUCUUCCUCAUCCUCAUCCUCUUCUUCAUCCUCAUCCUCUUCUUCUUCUUCUUCAUCCUCAUCCUCAUCCUCUUCUUCUUCUUCAUCCUCAUCUUCUUCUUCUUUAUCCUCAUCCUCUUCUUCUUCUUUUUUUUCUUCUUCUUCUUCAUCCUCAUCCUCUUCUUCUUCUUCCUCAUCCUCUUCUUCUUCUUCUUCUUCUUCAUCCUCAUCCUCUUCUGCUUCUUCUUCUUCUUCAUCAUCCUCAUCUUCUUCUUCAUCCUCAUCCUCUUCUUCUUCUUCUUCUUCUUCAUCCUCAUCCUCUCUUCUUCUUCUUCUUCUUCAUCCUCAUCCUCUUCUUCUUCUUCUUCUUCUUCUUCUUCUUCUUCCUCAUCCUCUUCUUCUUCUUCUUCUUCAUCCUCAUCCUCUUCUUCUUCUUCUUCUUCUUCAUCCUCAUCCUCUUCUUCUUCAAUUGAAGCUGCUUCUGCUCCGCCACUCUGCCAUUGGACUCUUGAUAGUCGUCUCCCCACACUGCUGCUGGGGGGACUUUUUAACAUAGGCCUCUGUAUGGCCUUCAAUUUAAGCUGCUUACGCUUCGCCACUCUGCCAUGGGCCCCUGUACCGCCUCCUCAUGCUGCUGCCAGGCCCGUAAUCUGCCAUGGGCCCCCGUACCGACUCCUCAUGCUGCUGCCAGGCCCGUAAUCUGUCAUGGGCCCCUGUACCGCCUCCUCAUGCUGCUGCCAGGUCCAGAGUCUCUCAUGGGUCCCUGUACGGCCUCCCAUUGCUGCUGUCUCCAUCGCCACACUCUGCCAUGUGCCACUUUCAGGUCUCCUCACACUGCUGGUGGGUUCCAUUUUGUCAUAGGGUGCUGUAUGGCCUCCCAUUGCUGCUGCCUCCACCGCCACACUGUGGCUCCACACUCUGGUUUUGGCCCCGUGACUGCCCAAAUGAGUGAAGUGUGCGGUGAUUCUAAGAUCGACGGCACUCAUCUGCAUGUCAUACUGACUGACAGUAUUAUUUCUCUUCCCCAGCAGACUCCAAGGGCAUUUAAAUUAAAGGUACAGUGUUCUGCACUAAUAUAA